UUUACUGCACAAAUGAAUAAAUAAAGGUCCGUGUUUCUUUGAUAAGAGUGGUUAUUAUUCAGGUCAAAUAUAAAAUGUGGUAUUCACAGCUUAACUAUACAGUGGACCAUGGUUUUGCUGAACUCCAUGAACCACCAUUCUGGCUGGGUCCUGGAGACCUCCCCAUUUAUCCCCCUUAUGGACAGCCUUGUCUGCACUAUUCUUGAAUAUGAAUGGCUGUUCAGCUACCUUCAGGAUGAUGCAUCUUGUCUGGUGUCAGUCAAUACAAACUAGACUCAAAGGGUGAAGAAUUACCGAGGAGCUCUCUGCAUGAUUGUUUUACACACCGAGGACUUCUUUAGACACUUGGGACUUGUUUUAACCGGAGCCAUGUCGGACAUUAGAAUAAACAUGCACAUAGAGGUGACAGCUUCAGAUAGUCAAGGUAUGAGGAGAACUGAGAGAGAUUUCAGAUUUCCUGGGCAGAAAAACUCCAGGAGGCGCAAACGUAAACGGCAAAACCGCUGGAAAAAAUACGAACAGAAUCAAAUUCAGUGUCACAAUGGAGCACCUGCAGAGCGUCCUUUUGUUCCUGUUUCCAGAACAAAGACAUCUGAUACUUCAGCUCCUGGAAGUGACAUGGCCAGUGCUCCAUCUCUUACCUGUAAGCCUCCAGCACCACAACAAAGCAAAGCUACAUCUGCUAUACAGAGCAAACACACAGCUUCACCGUGCAUCCCUAAGCCAUCUGCGUCAACACACAGCAAAGGCACACCUCCACCAAUCAGAGACGACAGCUGUUUACCCCAUAGCCUCAUGCAUCCAGCAUCGACAGCCAGCACGAAUUCCUACACUGACCAUGUAGACGACAGUGACCACCACAAAAAGUCAGAAGAACAUAAGAGCAAACAUUCAGAACCCCUCACCACAGCCUCGACUGUGUAUAGCAGCCACAAAGAGCGUAAAAAAAAGACAUCAGCUAUUCUGUGUCCUUCAAAGUAUGUGGCUAUUGACUGUGAGAUGGUUGGCGCAGGCCCGAAGGGCAGUAUCAGCCUACUGGCUCGCUGCAGCGUGGUUAACUACGACGGAGACAUACUCUAUGAUGAAUUCAUUAAACCCACCAUGCCUGUCACAGACUAUCGCACAAGAUGGAGUGGCAUCAGGGAAAAAGACCUCAGACAUGCUACGAAUUUCUCUGAGGCCAAGAACAAGAUACUGAGGCUAAUAACGGGGAAGGUGCUGGUCGGCCACGCUCUCCACAAUGACUUUAAGGCUCUGAGUUACACCCAUCCCGCUCACAUGACCAGAGACACGUCUCGAAUCCCGCUGCUUAACAAGAAGGCCGGCUUCUCUGACAGCCAGUGCGCCUCGCUGAAAAGACUCACCAAGGCCAUCUUCAACAAAGACAUCCAGACUGACAGGAGGGGCCACUCUUCUGUGGAGGACGCCAGAGCCGCGAUGGAGCUGUACAAAGUGGUGGAGGUGGAGUGGGAGAAUGAGCUGAACAGCAAAUCCCAGAUGUGGCAGAAAACUGAAGCUGCUCAUUCAGUGUCCUGGAUAAACCUCAACAAGCUGCCUGAACUUUACAGGAAAAAAAUAAUACAGCUCUGCUCUGACCUUCGCUUUAAACAGUACAGUCUUCCUCAGGGUUAGCAGAGGUUUUAAAAGGUGCUGCUGCCACCAGGGGGCAGUCAUGUAUUCAUUCCAGCAACAAAAUCACAUCAGGAGUCUGUUACUUUGAUUUGACACAUGAAGAAGAACUUAAAGGUUUAUUUUAGCUGUCCCAGGUCACCAACAGUCACGCUCAUGUCACUGUCCUUUAUUUUUCAUCUUCUUUUCUUCAAGCAUGAAAAUAUGCAACGCCUCAAGCUUCUCUUUAAAGGUUGCAAAGUUUCAUUUCUUCAUUUAAUUCUAAUGAGUGAAACAUUAAAAUGAAACUGUGAUAUUGUUUCUCUUCUGUGGUGCUCUGCAGGAAACUUUAUGGAUGUUUUAAAUCUUAAUGUUAUUCCUGCAUUUGACUGUAAAGGAGAGGGAUGAUUUUCAGACCAAGAGCCUUAAAGUUCAACUUAAAGACAAUAUUUUUAAACGUGUAUUUACUGCUUUUCAAAAUGUGACUUUACAUAAAUACAUGCAUGUGAAAACCACUCUAGUAUUUGUGCCUAAAUGUAAAUGAUGAUACAUGUCAACAAUAACUGAAAUUUCAAUAUGGACUGCAAACCAAUAAAUUUUG